AUCACUGCUGAGGAGUCGGAAGAUGAGCUGCCGUCCAGAGAGGAGCGAGCGGAUGCCCGUCUCAGCGAGCGGGAUGCAACAGAAGGGAGCACCAAAGGGGCUGUAAUUGAAGAGACAGAUGGCAAUGGGCAGAGAGAUGGAGAGGAGGCAGAGCAGCCGGACCAAACGCCUAUGUUGAGUAACAAGCCACGAAAGAAAAAAAAGAAAAGGAAAACCAAGAAAACUUCAGCAGGGGAGACUUUGGAAGACAACGACCUGGAAGACAUCGACAGCCUGCUGGAGAAGAUUGAGGAUACCAGUGGGCUAUCGCAGCAGAUGCAGAGCGGGAUAAUUGCUGACAGCAGGCCUCUUCUCUAUGUAGAGCACAGAAACUUGAAUCCGGAGAAUGAGUUGAAGAGAUACUUUGGGGCUCGUGCUGUUCUUGGUGAUCAGAGGCCAAGGCAAAGGCAGCGCCAGUACGUCCGCAGCACGUGGCUGACGGCUCCCAAGAACACCUGGCCGCGCUACAGCAAAACAGGUAUUGCCAUGCAGCUGGUGGACACCAGGAAGGGGGUGCAGCACUUCACGUUCGAGCACCAUCGCGAGUACCAGCAAGUGCAGUUCAAGUUCCUGGAUGCUGUAGAGUCCAUGGACCCCAACAACAUUGUGCUGCUGCUUCAGAUGAACCCGUACCACGUGGACUCCCUUCUGCAGCUCAGCGACAUGUGCCGGAUGCAGGAGGAUCAGGAGAUGGCCCGUGAUCUCAUAGAGCGGGCGCUGUACAGCCUGGAGCGUGCCUUCCACCCCGUCUUCAGUCUGACCAGCGGGACCUGCAGGCUGGACUACCGACGGCCGGAGAACAGGGCUUUCUUCCUGGCUCUCUUCAAGCACCUGAUGUUCCUGGAGAAGAGAGGCUGUCCCCGGACAGCCCUGGAGUUCUGCAAGCUGAUUCUGAGCCUUGAUCCAGAGAAUGACCCGCUGUGUGUGCUGCUGCUGAUAGAUUUUCUGUCCCUCCGAGCUAGAGAAUACACCUUCCUGACCCGCAUGUUCCAGGAGUGGGAGAGUCACCGGAAUUUGUCCCAGCUGCCCAAUUUUGCCUUCUCGGUGCCAUUGGCCUAUUUCUUCCUGAGCCAGCAGGAGGAGCGCUCGGAGCUGGAGCUGAGCCAGGCCCGGGAGAGAGCUGCCAGGCUCCUCCAGCUCGCCUUGAUCAUGUUCCCAAGCGUUCUUAUGCCGUUGUUGGAUCACUGCAGCGUGCAGCCCGAUGCCAGGGUCGCGUCCCAUUCCUUUUUUGGGCUGAAUGCUCAGAUAAGCCAGCCUCCCGCCUUGAACCAGCUGACGUCCCUCUACGUGGGAAGGACUCACUCCCUGUGGAAGGCCCCAGCCGUCAUGGCGUGGCUGGAGACCAACGUCCACGAGGUGUUGUGCAUGGUGGAUGCCCGGGACCCGCUGGUGGAGGAGUCUGAGCACAAGAGGAAGAUGCGGUACCAGAGCGCACCCAGGAACAUCUACCGGCACGUCGUCCUCUCGGAGAUGAAGGAGGCCACGGCAGCUCUUCCUCUGGAGGUGACCUCGCAGCCUGUGAUGGGGUUCGACCCCUUACCUCCUUUGGACUCCAUCGUUUCCUACACCAGACCAGAAAG